AUGACUCCCCACAACUUCGUCGAUAGAUCAUGUGAUUAUGCUUUGUCCGUUUUGCUUAUCACCGCAGAUGCUCCGACAGCCGUGUUUUGGGACGCUGAUGGAUGCCCAGUCCCUGCUGACUUAGAUUUUAUUAGUGUACUGCGCAACAUUAAACGAUGCCUAUGUGAAAGUUCCUAUAAUGGUACGGUUUACGAUAGCAGUAGUCCUUGCCUUAUCGAUGAAAAGCCCCCCGUAGAGAAUCUGGUGAUCACUCGCUUCCCCGAAGGAGGUGAUCCGUUUGAGAAGUUUAAGAAGAUUUUUGUCGAUAUUAUGGACUGGUCGAUCGAUAAUCCUGUUCCUGCCAAUAUUCUUUACAUCUCAGGAGGAGACAUGAAUCCUUACAUGAUCCGUCUCAUCAACCAAUUAAAUGGGGACUGCUACAACAUGCUCUUAUGCCUAGCAGAUAGCCUUACCGACUUUCCAUUCAUCAGCAGCGUGUGGUCCUGGUCCGAGUUAUCUCAUGGACUUUCUCCAACCGGUUUUCCUAUGUAA